UAGGGCCGGUAAUCGAGGAGGUUAAAAAGGUGGCUCAGCAAGGUCACAUCAGCAUCACAGCCGCCGCCAGUCCGCAGGACGUUCUGCAAUCUAAUUUGGGGCCAACGGGGAUGCAGAAAAUGUGAGGGAUUGGAUCGCGAGCUCCAUUAGGGUGAUCGUUGGUAGAUGGCCUGAAUAGACGAGCAAGGCAGUUGUAACUGGCAGGAAAGGUGAAAAUGUUCUUGGUUGUGGGAAAGGAUGGCGCCCCCAUGAAAGAAGGACCUCAAAGGUUACGGAUCGCACUGUUCGAAACGCGUCCAAACAAAUGCUCCCAAGUCCGUUCUGUGUGCUCGACGUCGGUUCCACCGUUUCCGUUUUCAGACCCACUCAGCAACUAUUCAACUGCAUGUGCACGAUGCCUGCCCUGCACAGCAUCCAGACUGUCCAGGUCCCUGUGGACCGCGGCCUCCUGGACCCCAGGUUUGACGGCUACAAGCUUAAGAUCGAUGGCCCCUUCAGUGCGCCGCGGCAUAUUCGCCUUCCGACGAGUAUAAACAUGGGCAAGGUUCCAUCCUUAGCGCACGAUCCUUUUCGGAAACUAGAAGCGCGAAGCAAGUUCAACCAUUUGUUCGCGUUUCCUGGCACCGAUGGUGCAUAUUAUGUGGACGGCAACUACACAAUGGUGGAAGUGCUGUAUAAUGAGGCCACUGCAGAUCUUCACCUCCGCAAAGUGUACCAACUUCCAGUCCCGACUGGUCCCACAGACACGCGAGAGUAUCCAUCAGUGCGACGUGCUGGCUCACUAUUCAUCGUUAGUGAUGGCGGUGGAACGAUCACCAUAUUGCAGCAUACAAGCACCGACGAAUUUCCUGUUGUUGGGCAAUUCAGUGGGUUACGGGGAACCCCCAUUCUGGUGGAUGCACUUCUCGAGAGCGAUAGGCGGGUCCUGAUCAUGUAUUACCGGAUGGAAGAACACGAAGCAGAAGAACCUACGGGCCACACCACCACAUCGUUUCGGGACAAACAGCGAAGUGAGACCCAUCAGAGGUUGUCGUUCUUUCUGAGCCUACUUUCGGUUACCCUUCAGGACCCACCCGUGGGGAUGAUGCUGGAACCGCGGACGGUCAUGACCGUGGAAGGGUUCAGUGCGCCGUUUUUAGCCAGUAUCGAACCAGAUGGGAACGGGUUUGUAGUCGGUGCAGCGACUCCCUACGAAAAUCCGGCACUGAAGCAGGCAGUGGAUGCGGCUGCCGCGUCGUCAGCUCCCCGAGGUGUCGGGGCAUCAGCACCAACUCCCAACCGGGACGAAAAGUUGGAUUACAAGUGGAUGCAGACGGAAUCUGACAUCACGAUUACUGUCCGUCUCCCGCACGUCACGUUGAAAAGCGAGGUUCAUUGCCUGUUUAUGAAACAUUGCGUUAAAUGUAAAAUUCUCCCGCCAAAGGAGGAAACGAUAUUCGACGCAAAGAUCUUCGACGACAUCGUGCCAUCAGACUGUCUAUGGACGUUGGAGGACAACCGAAUGCUUACACUGUACCUACAAAAGGCGAACGAAGGCAGUCGAUGGACCCACCUGUGGGACGAUGAGAAUGACGAUGAUGUGGAAGAAACUCUUGACCCGAACGUAAUAGCCGAGUUCGCAUCCGCUCUGGAAAAGUACACAUCUAGCGCUGUUGACACCGACAUCCCUCCGUACGCUGCACAGGACAUCAUGAGCGAGCGGCCCGAAGAAGUUGAUUUCGAGGGCCAUGCCGCUGUUCUGAUGCGAUACAGUCUGGAUGCUAACGCAGGCCCAACGCACAUGUCACUCACCGGUGGGCGCGAAUGGCUUUGUACUUCUUUUGCUUGGACGCCACCGGUCAUACCAGCAGUUCCGAGAGUCUUACCUAUAACCGUCGCGCUCCGAUCCGACAUCGACGCGUUAGUUUACACCAUCGGGACACCAAACCUUUCAUUGACGCCGGCGGCAGCGUUCAACGCCUUCGGCUUCGUGCAAGCGAGCAAACGCGACAAGCGCUUCAUGGCGUUCACACACGAUGCGCGUUACAUGUUCAUCGUCGAAUCGAAGCGGAUGUACGUGUAUGCGCAACUGCCCCAUGCGGGGGCAACUGUGGCGGAUCAAUAUGUGGUUGACUUGGAUGAGGGAGGCUUCGAGGGGCAGGGCGAUGUUUUGGGAGUACAGCAGAUUGCUGCCGGGGCUGUGGUGGUUCUGAGGGAGGAGUCCCUUACGUUGUUGACCUUCACGUGAGGUAAGCCAGCGAGCGCUAUGCAGGUCGAGCGGUCUAGAACGGGGUAGACAGUUAGCGGCACCGUCGUGUGAGGAAGUUGCUUACCCGCCCCGAACUCGUCACAAAGCUCUCACAACGCACACCAUCCCCCACACCACGCUCCCACACCGCCAAACCCACUACAC